AUGAUUGUACCACUAACCGAUGUUCAGCUGAAAGCGAUACAAAACUUUUUUCCAAGAUCAAAGGCCGAGAUCGAUCAGGAAUUAUCCAUCGUCAGACACUGGUUGGAUAAGCAGCCGCAUCUACCCAAAACAAGUGAUGAAUUCAUAAAAAAAGUGUUGUUUAGCUUAAAAUACCGCACGGACAAAGUCAAACUCGUGAUCGAUAACUACUAUACAGUUAAAGAAUUAUUUCCUCAAAUUUAUGGAGACCUAGAUCCAACGACAGAAACAUUUCGAAAACAUGUAGAAGCAGUUCACAUGUUUCCAUUGCCAAAACUCACGCCGGAAUUCCACAGAGUGCUCUGUUACCGGAUGACGACAACAGAUGCAAAAGCGUUUUGUCCUGAUAGUCAAUUGAAACGCAACGAAUUGAUGUGGAAUUGGUUGUUCGAUGAAGACGCAUUGACCUUAGGAGAUAUAUGGAUAUUUGAUUUGACAAAUAUGGAGUCGAUGGCUCAAUGGGCGCAUUUCAAUCUCAGUUUUAUGAAAAAAAUUCUCAAAAUAAAUAUGGAAGCGAAACCAGUGAGGAUCAAGCGAGUUCAUUUUGUUAACAUAGCACCAAUAGCCGAAACCACGCUUAAUUUUAUCAAACACUUUUUCCCCCAAAAAUAUAAGAACAGGAUCUUAUUUAACUCGAAUUUCGAAAGUUUGCAAGACCUAUACCCAAUUGAUAUGUUUCCAAACGAAUGGGGUGGCAAAGCUGGAAAUUUGGCUGAACUGAGUCAAAGAAUGCACGAAGAACUCAUAAAACGCAGAAAUUGGUGCUUGGCAAUGGAAGGAUUGAAAACCGAUUCUAGUAAACGGAUCGGUCAAUCUAAGACCGCCGAUAAGUCGAUAUUGGGUAUCGAAGGAAACUUCAAGAAACUUUGUUUCGAUUAA